UCUGUAUCGAUAGACUCAUAUUCCGGUAUCAAUGCAAGUCACACAAAUACUUUAUGACUUGAUCAAGCUACCACUAGCGUUCGAACACAUUCUUUAGAACUUCCAGAAUGCUGAACUUUAAAUCAAAAUCACGCGCUUCUCAGUGACAGUAUAUAAUAUUACUCGCUAAACAGGUUCUGCAGUGAAAUCCUACAGGCCAUUUCUUAUCGCCAGACUUCCGCUGCAGCUACUUACUACUAACCAACACUCAUUUCCUGCAUAGAUGAACUUCAUGGAACUCGAAUGUUCUAAAAAAGUCAUCCCGAUGAUCACCGACAGUUAUGCUCUUUAUUCCUCCCUUAGUCCUGGCAUGCAGGUGUACCUUGAGGGUCUUACAGCUCUGCACAGCGUGGUCGCGCAAGCGGAUGGAUCUCGCGCAGCUGGCCUCUACGUCCGUCGCGAACCUGUCGAAAGCGUGCAUCCUGUCGUUUAUGUCAACCCUGGCUUUACUCUUCGCAUACUCGGCGUCCCCAAACCCGAAUCCGACACCAUUCUCAAUUUCUUGUUCCACCAGAUCGCCGAUAAUGUUGACUUUCACGUACGCUUCCACUGGGAGCCGAAUUCAGUCGCGGUCUGGGAUAAUAGAAUUGUGACUCACACCGCAACUUUCGAUUUCUGGCCUCACACUCGCCACGCGCUCAGAGUCACGCCUCGUGGCGAGAAACCUGAGUCUGUUGAAGACCACGAGAGCCGUACAGGCAAAGUGGCGAAAGAUCGCCAGAUUGAGAUCUGGAAGGAGCAGGGAAUCGAGAUUCCACAGUCGAAGAAGGGUCUGUCUCGGGCACGCGGAUAUAAUGACUGAGAUGUUAGUCUAUGAUUUGAUUUGGAGAGUAUGACAGAAGUUCAAGCCACUGUGGCUGACAGAGUGGGUGAUCAGUCGCGCAUCAAAAGCCUUUGAUCCAACCACUUAUUUACCUAGUGUCAUGUUCGUUCCUCGUUCAUUUUUAUUGGCUACGCGUUGAGGAAAGUGAGGACAUCGAGUUGUAUUGCGUGCCGACUCCCACAAAGUCGUAAAUUUUGAAUUCAUUAUACACGUUUCCUGGUUAUAUAAAAUGCUCCCCAGUUCAAGGUGUAGCGCUACAGGGCGGGACUCCAUCACGAAUGUACUUAUCGGGAAGCCCGGCCAUCGAUCAAUACAUUGUAUAGGCAAUGUUACAAAAAUGAAAAG